CCCGAAAAUCUAACCUGAAAGCCAUCCGUCACAUGUCGACUACUUGAGUCAAUUGUCAUCCACCCAGGGUGCUAGUCAACUUGUCCGAUCUCAUCGUCGCUUCAUCAUCAUUGUGAAGUGGAUGAUACUCAUCCAAUCUGGCCGUUAUCAGUUCAAAGUGUCGGAGACUGCAUCAUUAUUUCUACAGAACGCGCCCUCCCACAUAACCCGAGCCAUGUUUUUCAUCACAUUGAGAUCACUCCGCGCAUCAUUCAGCUAGUGUUAUGAAAGACAUGGAUCAACCAGAGACGACGGAGAGAUUCCAGUGUCCAUCAUGCGACAAGUCUUUUGUCCGGAAGGCUCAUAUGCUGCGGCAUCAUCAGCAACACAUCUCCCAGCGACCCUUUACUUGCUCCUUUUGUACCAAGUGCUUCAAACGAAGCGAUGUUCUGCGUGCCCAUCAAUUCCGCUGCAAAGAGCGCGGGGAAGCCCCCGUGCCAGAAGGCCAAAGAACUUGGCAAAGUCUGCAUCAGAGCACCACCCAACGCCAAACCGACCGGACACAACCGCUCCGAAAGCCGUGACGCGAUUCCUAUUCACCAUUUACUCAACCCGGAAGACUUCAUCAGCCACUUUCCCAUCCGCCCCAACUCCAACAGCAGCAAUCCCAAUGAUGAUGACGCUACCCAAGGGGACCAGGAAGACUCUUCCGAGCCCUCUCCCUGGAGCGAUGAAUUUGAUCGCGCUGACGUAUUCGCUGCCUCUGCCGGUGCUGAGCUUGAACGAUUCGACUUCGAUUCCUUUCUCGGCGCCUUCGGAACAAUGGGCGCUACGCCAUGGACGUUAGAGCCUGAUAUGCCGCUGUUGACGAGCCCAGGAGACCAACUCCCUCUAUCUUCCUCGGCAUUGGCAUUGGAGCCUCGUGCUUUCGAAAGCCGUCAACGACUGCUCAGUACCGUCUCAAACCUCACCACUAUCUAUCCCGAAAACCAGAAUCUGACCUCAGAUGUAUACGUCGCAAUCGAAAAAAUUACUCAUAUGGAGCUGGACCAUUGUAUACAUCUCUAUUUCGAGAAUUACCAUCGUCAUUGUCCACUUUUGCACCGGCCUUCCUUUCAAGCUUUACUCGCCCCAAUCCCCUUGCUCCUCAGCAUGGCUGCUUUAGGUGCCACCUAUUCUCCGGAUAAAGGGAGGGUUUCGCUGUGGACAUCUCUCUUGGACGUCGUCGAGGCCUACAUCUUCGAUUGUCCUGGUCUGAGAGAGGAAUUCGUCGGAAGCUUCAACCUAGCCGAAGCCCCGAGCGAGGACAUGCUACAUUACCAAUUUCAGAUAUUGCAAGGUGCUUACCUCAUGGUCGUAGUUCAGUACUUUUCGGGAAAUUUGGCUGGUCGAAGAAGAGCUAGACGACAACGCUUUUCGAGAUGUUUUGAUGUUGCGCGGGCAUUUGGCCUACCAACGGCAAAACAUGGGAAUUUCCUCCCACUUCACGACGAGAUUUCCUUUCAAAGAUGGAUCAGGAAUGAGUGUCGGGUGAGAACGAUGAACAUCAUCCUAUCACUGGAUGCCGCCAUGGGCGUUUUCAAUAACGUCCCAACACGAGCCAACUAUUCAGAACUUGACCUCGAAUUGCCGUGUCAUCAACAGUACUUUGAGUUUGCGACCUAUUUGGACAUGACGAGAGCUGGGCUAUAUCCUACUCCACGGUUGAAGUUGACCGAGGCAUUUCAAAGAUUGUUUCUUGCGUCUGACCAGGCCCGAACUGCCUUUGAGAAUGAAAAUCUAUGUUUUUGGGACAUGAUGUAUCUGAUUCAUGUUCUCUACACCUACUUCUGGCAAAACACAUAUGGAAAUCCCUUAAUUCACAUCUCAGGACUAUGGGCACACGAAUCGACGACACAUCCGGCGAUUCAGCCUAUAAAAACAGCCCUCGCAAAUUGGAAAAUGCUGUGGGACGAUAUUCGAUCUGAGACGAAUCGCAUCUCCACAGCUGACAUGGGCUUUGAGACUACCUCGGACAGCUAUUGGACAUUGAUCAACCUCAUGAUGCAAAGACUCGAAACCAAGUCCAAACCCGCCAUAAAUGUACAAGGCCAGCCCACAAAUGGAUCAGAGGGUCAUCUACCCCCAGGUCCAAGUCUAGGCGACAAGGCGACAAGCGCACGCUUAGACUUCUUGCCAGUUGAAGCCGACUGUGAUAGCCAUGGGUCUCAUUUGAGGGGGAUUCUGGGGCUAUAGCACUCGUGGCGGCAUCUUUGAGUUGGCUUCCAACGUGGAGGCAUUCUGUUUUCUGGACGACCAAAACAAGGUAUGAAUUCUGGCCGGGAUUAUAUCAAGUGGCAUGACCACGGAAAAGUCGGUCCUACGGAUCUGAUCCGUUACUUUAGUUCAGG